UAUUUUAUAUUUGAUAUUAAUUCAUAUAUUGCGCAAGAUUGAGCGUCUUCGUGAACUUUAUAGCAGAUCUGUCAUCGCUCUGCGUGCUGUGUUGGCAGAGGCGCACCGUCUUCUGAUAGGUCAGUGCGCUGCACGUGAUUCCACGCAGAUGCGCAGAACGCUGCAAACAUGGCGUCCUCCGGUGAAAGUUCGGAGACCAGCGAGAGUUUCCUUAGAAAGCGACGUGGCGAUCCGCUUGUUUUGGAUAAUACUGCACACGACAGUUGCAGCGACACAAAACGAGACGAACAUUCGAGUAAAUAUGAGAAGAAAGUGGGUGUUUUGGUCCAGAGAGGGUCAUUCUGGCUCACGCGCAUCGUCCUGCUGAGAUCCAUCGCCUUCAUCUACUUGGUGGCUUUCACUGUCGCCUACAACCAGAAUAAGCAGCUGAUCGGAGAGAAAGGCCUCAUGCCGUGUAAAGAUUACCUGAGGAGUGUUAAGCGUUAUGUGGGAGGAAAGAUUGACCUCUCCGCUCUGUCUUACACUCCUUCAAUCCUCUGGUUCAUGGACUGGAGCGAUAUGGAUGCAAACCUGGAUCUGAUUGCGCUGGCAGGAAUGGCUCUUUCAGGGUUGGUGCUGUUUUUGGGGUCUGCCAAUAUGGUCAUUAUGGGGACGCUGUGGAUCCUGUAUCACUCCAUUGUGAACGUCGGACAGCUUUGUAUCUCCGUCUGGACGUUUCGCUGGCUAAUCGUGCGCAUCAUGCUGGGUGCGGGUUUGAUCAAGAUCAGAGGCGACCGCUGCUGGACGGACCUCACCUGUAUGGAUUACCAUUAUGAGACGCAGCCGGUCCCGAACCCCAUGUCCUACUACAUGCACCGCUCGCCCUGGUGGUUUCACCGCUUCGAGACUCUCAGCAAUCACUUUAUCGAACUCAUCGUGCCUUUCUUCACAUUCAUGGGCCGCCGGAUGUGCAUGAUCAACGGCGCUCUGCAGAUCCUCUUCCAGGUCGUUCUGAUCAUAAGUGGGAAUCUGAGUUUUCUGAACUGGUUGACUAUAGUUCCCAGUCUGGCCUGUUUCGAUGAUUCUGCUCUGGCUUUUCUGUUCCGCCGAUCUGGAAACGUCAGACAGACUUUACUGAAGAUCCAGACAGAAGAAGCUGAAGGACUCAAAACACCACCUACUAAAGGUAUGCUGAUCCGGCGUGUGCUGAACGUGUCUCUGGGUGUCCUGAUUGCAUAUCUGAGCAUCCCGGUGCUGAUGAAUCUGCUGAGCUCCAGACAGAUGAUGAACACCUCGUUUGAACCCCUGCGCAUCGUCAACACAUACGGAGCUUUCGGCAGCAUCACUAAAGAGCGGACGGAGGUGGUUUUUCAGGGCACGCUGAGCCUCAAUCACACUGCUGAAGAUGUGGUCUGGGAGGAAUACGAGUUCAUCUGUAAACCUGGAGCUUUGGACAGGAGACCAUGCCUUAUUUCACCCUAUCACUAUAGACUCGACUGGCUCAUGUGGUUCGCAGCUUUCCAGACCUAUGAGCAGAGUGAGUGGGUUAUUCACAUUGCUGGUCGACUGCUGGCCAAUGACUCCACAAUACUGUCUCUAAUGGCACACAAUCCAUUCCAGGACAGAGAGAAACCCAGGUGGAUACGAGGAGAGCAUUUUCGAUAUAAAUUCACCCGUCCGGGCAGCAACAGUGCGGCCCAGGGGAAAUGGUGGGCCAGAAAGCGCAUCGGACCCUACUUUCCCCCUGUCAACCUGGACGGCCUUCGCAACUACUUUCAGUCCAGAAACUGGCCUCUGCCGACCGGCGAUUAAAGCCAACAUCCAGUUUGUCUUCUUUUGUAUGUCACACACUGAAGUUCAUCCUGUUUCGCCUUUGACAAAACUGUGCCAAAGACGACGGCUUACAUAAGAGAUUUCUAGAGGCAACUCUUUCAUGUCUCUGAGGAUCGGAGCAUGUGUUGAAUCCAGGGCUGUUUUAAGCCUGCCAACAGAAACAGCCUGAUUCUGCUAUUAUUGUCAUUUUAAAUGCAAUCAAGUGUUACUUUCUUAAUGAUUUGAAAGUGUGAUUAAAAAUGUAAAUAAAUGCAAAGAAAAAAAGA